AUGGAUACGGCGCGGUCAGCAAGCUCCAUGUCCCCAGAGGAGAAGGAGAAGGAAAAAGGCCGACUGCAGCGGUUGGUCAAGGACUUCGCGAAGGAGGUGGUAAGUGGGAUCCCAGUGAGCCUGGUGAACCCGGAGACCGCACGGCAGUCGCCACACUUCUUCCAGAUGGACCGAUACCUCACGGUCUUCUCCCUGAAGCCAAAAGAUGGCUCCACUGCGGACUCGGCGGUCCAGGACUUCAACGUGAAGGACCUUGCCAGAAUCUACAAGGGUCCCGAGGUCCUCAUGAACGCUCCGUCUCUAGGUAUCUUAGCCCAGCACUGCGUCGCCCUGGACACCACGAGAGCGGAUCGGAGGAUCAUCUUCAUCUUCGAUGAGCCCAUGGAGCGCGACAAGUUCUACACAUGCUUGAAGAUCUUGCGCAUGUCUGUGGACAUCAGCCAGCCAAACUGA